AUGACAGCGUCAGCAGUACCCUGUUUUCGCUUACCCACCCUGGUGUAUGCAGCAAGGAACGCGACCCAGCUGAUGGCACCACGCGACGGCCGAUGUCCCAUUGACCAACCUGGUACGAGAGACCCUGUGAGUGUCGCGGGGACACCACCCGGUAUAACUCAAAGGCUCGUUGAGGCGCACGAACCGUCACUCCACGGUCUCUUCGUAACGGCGCAAGUCAAAUACCAAGCUCAGUUAUCGACAUCCAACAAUCAGCAACCAAUAAACCCACCCAGAACUGAUACAAGUAGAAUCCGACGCCCAAAUCUUGCCGCUAGCAGUGAACGACGGCGACUGACCGACGGGAACAAAACCGACCCGGGAAACUUGGGUAAAAGACUCGAUCCUAGACGCUACAGAACGGCAGUUGUCAUACUGGCACCUGAAUCACGAAUAGUGCACCCAUAUGUCACUCAGAGGGACUCAGCGAACGCCCUUUUCUUGCAUCGUGUGAAGGGACCAGAAGACAUCACGGGGAUAAUUUCCGAGAGAAAUUUUUGUGUGAAUAUGCCAACCAAACUGUCUACUCAUGAUGCAAGAGAGACGCAACCCUCUUUGGAUGUGUCCAGCGAGUUACGAAAAUGGUUGCGGGCCUUGAACCAAUGGAAGAUUGAAAGCAUCUCGCGAUGUUUGACCCCUUUUUUGCUUGGAGUCUCGUCACCUCCGAGGAGACCUAAUGACAAAUUGUUCAUACUUAUUCUCACGUGCUUACUUACUCACUACCUUAUCAUCACUUUUACCCUGUUUGAACAAGGUUUGGCCAACAGGUUCUUCACCAUUGACCCAGCAAAACACGUAUCCAGGCGAUCCUCUUCUCUAGUCCUCGCGCCGACAAACUUACUGCCCCGCGCUGAGGUCAUAAAGAGCAGUGAUUCACCCCUUUUUCGCUUGUGCCUUUCUGAUGAACACAGCCGCUGA